UGGGUUUAAUCAGUAUUGUUUGGUUCUAGUCUUCUUUUCCAUAUAUAUCCUGCAGGCAUGAUUCGGAGCCUUUGCAAGUCUUUAGGCAUCGUUUUUGCUGCCUCUUUGUAGCCUUCUCUGAAUCUUGCUCUCUGUUGUUUCAAUCCUCUCGCCCUUCUCGGAAAACCGGAGAUAGCAUUGGAAAACAAAUCGCUAUAUGUCUACCGUUCUGUUGAAUUAGAGGUAGACCUACCAGAGGAAGCAAAGCCCGCGUCAGUUUGAAAGACAGAGAUGGCAACUGAAGAGAUCAAAGAAAUGCCAAAAUCAUGGGCCAUGGUUGGUGGAGAAGGACCUCAAAGCUAUACUCAAAAUUCCUCCUAUCAGAAAGGAGUGGUGGAUGCUUCGAAGGAAAUGGUGACUGAAGGCAUCAAAGACAAGCUUGAUUUUAAAAGCCUUGGUUUUGACUCAUCGAACGACACAUUUCGAAUAGCAGAUUUUGGUUGUUCUGUUGGACCCAAUACAUUUUUUGCUGUGGAAAACAUCAUAAAAGCUGUGAAGUAUAAACACCAUGCCCAGUUCAAUAACUCUCCUCCCUUAGCAUUCCAAGUUUUCUUCAACGAUGUUCCAACCAAUGAUUUCAACACUCUCUUCAAAACCCUCCAUUCCAAUAGAAAAUACUUUGCUGCUGGACUGCCCGGUACUUUCUACGGCCGCCUCCUCCCCAAGUCCACACUGCAUUUCGCGUACUCUUCAUAUUGCUUACAGUGGCUCUCCAAGGUCCCAAAAGAAGUUGUAGACAGCAAGUCUCCUGCAUGGAACAAGGGCAGCAUCCAAUGUGAUGGUCUCAAAAAAGAAGUCACCAAGGCAUAUUCAGCUCAGUUCCAGAGUGACAUGAACACCUUUUUGAAUGCUAGAGCACAAGAAAUUGUGGGUGGAGGAUUGAUGGUGAUUAUAAUGGCCGGCCUUCCUGAAGGGAUCUUUAUGUCUCAGGCAGGAGUUGGAAUGUACUAUGAUCUUCUCGGAUCAUGCCUCGUCGACAUGGCUAAAUUGGGAGUGAUUAGUGAAGAAAAGGUGGACUCGUUCAACUUGCCUCUGUACUAUUCUUCUUCUACGGAGAUUGAAGAAAUCAUAAAAGUAAACGGGAAUUUCAGUAUUGAGAUAAUGGACUCCUUGAGUCAUCAGAUUUGGCAAACGUCAAAGAAAUCCAAUAUCAAAGUUUCUGUUUCAGGGGGCAGAGCUGUUUUUCAGGGUCUUGUGGAAGAACACUUUGGAAGUGAAGUUGUAGAAAAAAUAUUUGAGCAUUUUGCUAAGAAGCUUGCUGACAAUUUCUCUAUCUUCGAUGGCGCAGCCCAUGAACACAUCGACCAUUUCAUCCUGCUCAGGCGUAACGUUAAUUGAGACCACAGUUAUGUGCUCGCUAUUCCCUUGGAUUGGAAUGCUGGAGAUGUUCAACUUCAUAUCAAAUAAUGAAGUGUGCAACUCAUGCUGGAGAUGUUCAACUUCAUAUCAAAUAAUUUGGAUUCCAUUUCUAUGCUAUUUCGAUCUCAUUUCUUAAUUUGCUUCAA